UUCAAAAUUCGCUAUUAUGUGCUUACUGUAGAAGACUGCUGUCGUGUUGUGUUUGUGUUUUCGCUGAAUAACAGAUUAAAAUGUAUAUAGGAUUUAAAAAAUAGUAGCUUAGAGUUUAUUACACAUAUAUAACAUUCUAUUUACAAAUAUAAAAGAUGUCCAGAAAUAAAGAAGCUAUUACUCUCGAUGUGAAUGUGAAGAUGUGCUUACAAGAUAUAGUCAAGUAUGAUUUACUUGUUAAGGCCUGCAUUCAGGAUAUUAGAGAUUGUACAGGUCCAUUAGAAGUUUUGAAUAUACUUAACAUGAAAGUUGGAGAAAAUAUUAGAAUUCUCAAAAACUGUCUUGAAGAAUUGGAGAAACUAAGUAAUGAAUAUGAUAAAGAAGAAGACAGGAAGAGAAUACUGGAUGAACUAGAAAAUCAUCAUAAACAGUUGACAAGGAGACGAUUUAGCCUAUUACAGUGAGGUCGGACAAGAUAUUAAUUCAUGCCAUAUGAAUAGUCUACUUCUGUGGAUUAUAUUCCUGUACAAUUGUAAUACUACAUUGAGGACAAAAACUUGUAAUACGUAUCAUGUUGACUGACAACGGAAUUAACGCAACCUUUGCUUACUGAACAGUAUGAUCUACUGCCACAAAUUUUGAUAAAUUGAGCCAGAAAUCAGGACGACGAGUGUUCUCAACAUUAGACCAGUUAGAACUGUUAGAACUCUGCCGACAGGUGAAUAGCGACGAAGUAGGAAAUUGGAAUGUAAACCUAGUGUUCUGUAUACACUAAAGACUCUGCACUUAAAUUCAGAACAUUGGUCCUACUCUGAACCAGAAACAUUUUAUGAUAUACUGCUGAUGUAAGCAACCAAUUUGCAACAUCCAUACUACGGACAUUAAUACAUAUUCUAUGAUUUAAUGAAUAUCAAAAUAUAAAUGUUUUAUUACGUAUUAUGUGGUAAUAUCAUAUAUGUUAUGUGAUCUCUUUUAAAAAACUGAAAACAAAUAAAUGUUAAUUUGAUAAAAAAAUAACCAUAAAAAUGUUAAAAUAUAAACUAAAUAUUGACAUAAAUAAUGUUUGAUAUAAUAUUAUUGUAAAUAGCAUUAUAUUUCUUCUUUAUUGCUGUAAUAUUUAUUGUUUUGUUAUUUACUUCUGGCUAUGCUUGUUUGCGGAACCAGGAGAUGUGUUGUUGAAACAUCUUAAUAAAAUAUAUUGAUUGAUUGAUUG